GACACACACGCUUUGUAAACAAGUCGUCCCAUCAUGCACUGCAUGCACUGCAAAAAAUCGGUAUCAUCUUCAUUAAACAAACUUCUGAAAUUUGUGGCAAACAAGAAAGUACAAACAUACUAUUUACGCUGUAACUUCUAUGGAAAAACAAGUUUAGACUAAUCAGUUUCGAAGCAGCAAGUUGAAAUCAAGUGUCAAGAUGUUCUCUGAAAGUUAAACAAUGUUUGCGGAGGUGUUCCCGUCUUCGGAAUCUAGAGUAGCGAGAGUGAGCUGUUAUGAGACCCUGCACUCCCGGGGAGCGUAGUUCAUUGAUUGCCGCUGGAUCGAUCAGAGCCUCGCCGUAGUAAGGUGGUGAUUGCAGCUGCAUGUGAGUCGGCGGCAUACGUUUAGGACAACUUCUUUAACAAUUUCCGAUCGGCCAAAUUAUUGGUCGAUCAGACUUUUGUUUCACCAUGGCAUCCGGAACAACUCUUCAAUCAACGCCGGCCAAAAGUAUUUUUGUUUAUCGGAAUGGAGAUACAAACUUUCAGUGUAAAAAGGUUGUCGUCAAUCCACGACAAGUUAAAAACUGGGACGCUUUUAUUGAACUUGUCACAUUAAGAGUGAAGACAAAAACUGGUGGUGUUGUACGACGGGUAUAUACACCAUCUGGCAGGACUGCAGUUUCAGAUUUGGGAGGCAUUGAAAAUAACCAUUUCUAUGUUGCAGCUGGCAGUGAAGGAUUCAAGAGACAUCAGUACAAUAAAAUUCAAACAUUAACUCCACAAAAGACAAGAUUAUCGACUGACCCACUAGACCCAGCUGUAAAGCUUCCACCCAUCAUCAAACCCGUUCAACACAGUCGACUCAAAGUUUCAGCAAGAUGUAAAAGAGCAGCUAUAUCCAUUGGAAGCAAAGUCAUCUACGUGUUUCGGAAUGGAGAUGCCAACAAUCCAGCUAUCAAAAUCCUCUUCACCAAGUUCAUGCUAAAAAACUAUGAUGUGGUCUUAAACGAGGUCACGCGGAAGGUCAAUAUGAUGACAGGAGUUGUUUGGAAGUUACUUUCACUCAACGGUAGGGAGUUACAAGGACCAGAAGAACUUGAAGACCAUGAAUUCUAUGUUGCUGCUGGCAGAGAAGCCUUCAAGAAGGUGCCAUACCCCAGAGAUGGUGUCAUCAUAUCACCAAGAAUAACAAGGCCUGCCCAAGUCAGGAGAAGAGUAACAAGAUUGUCCAAAGGAUCAAAAGAAUCUAAAGCAUCCAAAGAAUCAAAAGCAUCAAAACCCUCUCAAACAGAGCAGAAAACAUCGAAGCCCUCCAAACCUUCAAAGCCCUCCAAGCCCUCCAAGCCGACCCCGCCAAAGAUCAAGAAGGAGAAGAGCCCGGAGCAGAAGGAAGCGGAAGAGGUGUUCCAUCACAAACCCACCAUAGUGAAGAGAAGCAGAGAGAGAGAUCAGCAGAAAGAGAGUCCAUUGGACUACAGUGAAGAUCCAGACAGUGUUUUCAAGGCCAAAGAAGAACGGAAUGAAACCAAGGGAGCAGCUGAGGUCCAAGAGACCGGUGAGACUGCAAUCGACCUCCCCAUCGACCAGGUCGCUGCUGAAGAAGUAGAGGAAGAAGAUGACCUUGAACCAGGAGCGAAUGAGGACACCGCACAGCAGCAGUCAAACGACAGUCCCAAGCCACCGGAGGAGAAGGAGGACAUGGUCGGGAGGAUGCUCGAAGAUGAUGAGGUACCCGAAGCCAUCCCAGACGAUGCCCCGCCCGCUGUGAAUGAAGAUGAUAAUGUGGUGGUCAAUGGUGGUGAUGAUGGGCGUGGUGGUGAUGAUGAUAAUGUAGGUGGAGCACAGGAGAGAGGAGGAGCCCAGGAGGAGAAAAAGGAGGAGGACCAGCCUAAUGCUUUCCUGACUGAUGACCUAGGUGAGAAUACGAAUGAAGACCAAAUCGCUGGCAAGAUAUCCCCUAUCAUGAAUGGAGCCGAUGAUGACCUACCAGUGUCCCGUCCCGCCAGCAACAAAGGAGCACAAUCACCCAAUGAGAACAACAGCAACAAUGCAGAGAGCAGGGAAUUUCCACCAGAUCAACCAACAGAGAGCCCUGCCCCUUCUCUUAAACAAGAGAGUUUACCCCCCGCAUCCCCCGCCAACCCCAGUGGAAGAGUCAAUACUCCUAUUGUGAAAAAUGAAAGGACAUCCAGUCGGAAGAGUUCAUUACACAGCAGGGAGGGUCAGUCGAGAAUGAGCCCUCACCCACCGGCGUCCAAACGAAGCGUGCCGCCUUCUCCCGCAGGAAGCCGCAAAAGAAGUGUAACUCCCAAGGAGAUUGUUAGCAAUGGUGUAGAAAGCAGGCCUCAGAGUCAGAGUGGGGAGGUGGUAGGUUCGGCUCCAAGUCCCCAAGCGUCACCCUCCCCCGCUGAGCAAAGUGGACAGGUUCAGUCAGCGGUUGAGAACAAUAGCCCAAGGCCAGUUAGUGGAAAUGGCCAAAAUGAAGAAUCCUCACUCACGCCUCAACCUCAGCAAACUCCAGCCUCUCCAGUUGUAGACAAUGGACACUCGCAGUCACCCGUUGAGAACAAUAACCUGCAACCGGUCACUGGGGACGGUCAACCUCCCAUCGAAGAUAAACAAAAUGUAGAAGCCACUGAAACUCCCAAACCUGUAGAGUCAGAGCAGAAUGUGCCAUCAUCCCCAGCUGUUGAAAAUGGACAAACAAGGUCGCCUAUUCAGGGUGAAACCUCUAGACCGAGCAGUGUGGAUGGUCAAAAUGUAGAAACAACUUUGGAGGCGAAUGUACCACCUUUGCCACCUGUUGAAAACGGACAAACUCAAUCACCUGUUCAGAAUGCUAGCCCAAGACCGGUCAGUGGGGGUGGUCAAAAUGUAGAAGGUCCAUCAACUCCUCGACCUCCACCCUCGGAGCAAGAUUUGCCACCUCCUGCAGCAAGCAAUGCCCAAGCCCAAUCACCCACUCAAAAUGUUAGCUCAAGACCUGCCAGCAGGGACAUUCCACCUGAAAGUGGGGAUGAUCAACUUGCUGAUCAACCAGCACCAAGUCCCCACUCACCUGCACCCCAGAGUGACCCCACACCCCCUGACAAUAUUGAAUCAGCCCAAUCUCCUAUCAAAGACUCUGACUCCAGGCCACAAAGUGCUUCUGCUCCUCCAAAGGACAAUGCUACAAAAGGUGCUUCCGCAAGCCCCAACCCUCCAGCAUCAGCUGCGGAAGGUGCCCCUACAAACCCUGAACCUCCAGCAUCGGAACCUAAUAAGCCUGCCUCCCCUAUAGGUGAUACUGAACCAUCCCAGUCACCUGCUGACAGAAACACUCCACUUGAAAGCAAGGGUGAGCAGCCUAAUGAUCCCUCAGAAUCCAGAGAUAAUGAACAAUCUGUGCCUCUGAAGGAUGUUGACAAUGCCGCAGACCCUGAGGCCAGAGAAGGAGAGGUGGCUGCAUGAUAGUCAUUCAGGUUCACAAGACUUAACAAAAGACUCUUCUUAAAGAUAAACCAUGCAAUUCUAUGAUACCUGUCAAUCUUGUUCUAUCUCGGCGAUAAUCUAUUUUUUUCCAUUCCCUUCGCUUCCUUUACGACUCCCCACCGCAUUCAUCGUCACCUUCGAUUCCAGCACAGCUUGCUGCUAUUUCCACCUUUUUUUUUUCAUACAUUCCAAACUUCAUUGUGUACUUUUAUUGCUCUGUACUAUUCUAUUCCAAUGUCAGAUUGACAGUCAUGCCACCUCUAAUCCUUUCUCAUCAUUCCAUAUGUAUAUACCUCAUAACACACGCCUUCUAUGGAAGAUGUAUUCAAGGAAGUGUAAAUCACCUAUUCUCCAAAAUCUGUAUUCACUCUGCUCAUUCAUAAUCAACAAUAUACUUGUGUUGGAUCUAUGUCAUUUUCUACCUAGUAUUUAUUGCAUUGAUUUAGUUGUUAUUCAUGGGAAUUAUUCAUACAUGUAAGCCUUUGUAUAAAUAUCUUAAUGUAUAUUUCCUCUAGAAUCGUUGUCUAUCCGAUAUAUAAUAAAUCACUUUGUACAUUUUCAUAACUUAUGUAUAUUUAGAAUUCUUGUGUAAAAGCUGUGUCACUUUAUGUAAUAUCAUCAUUCAGAAGUCAAUAACUUUGCCCGGCUUUUCAAAUUUUUUUAGUAUCCCCCACUGCUUGUUGCUAUGCCUGAACUUCUUUUUUUUUUUUUUUUUUUCAGGAAUAAGACUUGUCUGAAAGAUAUGCCUGACAAUUUGUCACAUCUAUCUAAUCUCAUGAAAUAUAUUGUAUUAUU